UCCCCAUCCCUGGAGGUGUCCCAGGAAUUCCUGGAGGUGUCUAAGGAACCCCUGUAAUUCUGGGUGAGCAGGCGGGGAUCAGGCACAGCUGGGACUCCUUUCUCUCAGAGCUCUUCCCCAACCUCAGAGACCCCAUAAAUCCAAGGAGAAGCCCCUCACUUCCCUCCUUUGCUGUCCCACACAUGCGACGAGCGGGCUGUGACCUUCCCUGACCUCAUCCUCUCUUCCUCCCAGCUCCUCCUCCUCCUCCACCAAGAACCAUGAGCUGCAUCAGUUCCCGGUGCCUGCCCGGCUGCGAGGUGGCUUGUCCUGAGCCCUGCGCCUACAGCAGAGGCCUGGGCCCCUGCGUGGCCUCCUGUGGCGACUCCACGGCCGUGGUCUACGCCCCACCAGUGGUGGUCACCUUCCCCGGCCCCAUCCUGAGCUCCUGCCCCUCGCACAGCAUCGUGUCCUCCUCCCUGCCCCAGCCCUCCGGAGGUUCCUCCUACGGCUCGGGGAUGGGAAGCUCCUAUGGGGGAGGCAUGUCAAGAUUUGGGGGGUCCUAUGGGUCUGGGGGCUCCUAUGGGGGCUCCUAUGGGUCUGGGGGCUCCUAUGGGUCUGGGGGCUCCUGCGGGGGUUCCUCGGGGAUGGUGAGCUCCUCUGGAUGUGGGGGUUCCUCCUCGGGGGGCUGCUACCUCCGCAAGUUCUACGCCGGCAGCAGCCGCGGGUCCCGCCUGGGAAACUGA